AUGGUUUUUCAUGUUCUCUUUGGAUUCCUAAUUCUUUCGGCUAUUGGUUCAGCCAAUGCCAAUGCCAACACAAAUGCUUGCUAUGGUUCCAAUUUGAUCUCAGCACCUUCAGUAGACCAUCGCCUCGUGCCAUGGGGUACCCCAAGUGUCCAUUUUUCGUCCCUAAAUGGCACGCUAACUACAUGCUGUGACUCUCUGGACGAGAUCCGCACCGCACUCGAUGAUAUCGACGAUCAAAUACUCGAUCUCCUUAAUCGGCGAGCCGCAUACGUCCGCGAGGCAACUCGUUUCAAAUCCACCCGGGCUUCUGUGAACGUUCCCUCGCGCAAUGAGGCCGUCCUCAAACAGGCAGAGCAGCAGGCAGUACAUAUUGGAGUGCCGGUGACGAUUGCCCGGGCGGCCAUGGGCGCUAUUCUGAAUUCCAGCGUGCCUUUUGAACAGUGCAUUUUCGAUGCCUAUAAUCAGUAG